CAGUAAUUAUGCAUCAAGCGGUUAAAUGGUCUCAGAAACUCUUAAUUAAGCCGUUUUGAAACUAGUAUCCAUUGUACUAUGCUCMUGAACACUCAGAACUAAUUAUCAUAUUUUGAUACCAUAUAUGGGAAAUCUAAUAUUCCGGAGCAUGGAACCUAAGRAAUGUACAGCGGCUACACGUUUCAGUCCUCUCUUGAGUUUCUGUCAUGUUUAUCUGUUCCUUAUUACCUGUCAUUUUUGAAUUUAACUUCUGCAGUAGUUACAAGUUUGGAUUGGAUUAAUCUAAAUUUAUGUAUUUUGAAUAAAGUUUGUUUCAUAUGAUGAUGUUUAUGUUGUCUGUAUAAUAUAUGCAACAUAUAUACCCAUUGUUAUGGCGUGUUCAGCUGACCAAUCUAUCAAUACUUGCGGGAAAACCCUGAUUCUAUUAUUAUUAGUUCCUGUCGAAUUGURUUAGGGGAUCACCAUGACAACUUACAGACGUCAUAUCAUGGUACAUGYGUUUUGAAGAUUGAUGCGAGUCAGAUUUUAUAUGACGGUAUUCCAUARCCUGURMAGCUCUCACUUCGGAUGUCAAAAAAUAAUGCCAAUCUAGGUAUGAACAAAGCUGAACCAUCUGAUGACGAAAUCCAUGUCACUGAACAAAUCUGUUGCAACUUCAUUGCAGGGAAUAACCCACCAUGCAACAAGUUGCAAAAAGUCCUCAUAGAAGUGCUAGAGCCCAACAAUCUUGAUAAGCUGCUUUUCACUUUGACAAAAAUGAUUGACCAAAACGAACUGACAGAUAUUCUAGCUUUCCUAAGAUCGAUGGAAGUGCUUGAUUGCUCGGAUUGUGAGUGUAUUAACAAUAAAGAAAUGACAACCAAGAAAGUUAUUGCACUGGUUGAUGUAUUGAACCAAAGAGGUCCUCACAAACUUUGGUACAUGUUGCAUGCAUUACAGCCAAAACAUAAGAUCUUUUUUAGCGAGAAACAUGGCAACAUCAAGUGCUGCAUCUGUGAUGACGUAGAGCGUAUGCAAAUAGGGAAAGUUUCAUAUCAAAAGGAACCAGCGUCAACCCAGGGUGACGUUUUAGAAGAAUUGCGAAGAAAAACAGAUUCAGUGAAAGCAAGUUUCUCCAUGAUUGAAAACAGCAUUAAAUCAAUGCUACUGCCGUUGGAAAACUUGAAAAAUGAAAUUCAUGAUGUCAUGUCCCAUCCCUCCAUCAACGACUCCUGUGGUCAUUCCUGCUAUACCCAUGCCAAUAUCACCAUUCUACAAUGCAUCAAAAACAAAUAUUUCAAACUUUUGGAAAGGUUUUAUAAGACUGAACGAAACAAGGCGACACAGGCGAGUGACAUCCAAGGCGUACUMUGCGAAGAAAUUCCGUGGACAAACCCUUGCCUUGAAAAAAAGGAACCGCAAGAGACCUACUUGGGACUCUUUUUGAAUUUUGAAGAAAGAUUCUUUAAGGAAAUUCGUCACUGCARCCCGCUAAUAACAGUGCAAGAGUGCAUUUGUCGAAUGAAGUCAUAUGCUAAAAACAACAAGAGAACUUUAGUGUGCUUGGUUGGUGCCACUGUUUGCAUUGAGAUAGUUGGUUCGUGUUUGAUCGACUAUGGACUAUCAGCAUAUGGUUAAACAACUGCGGUCAAAAUCCCAAUGAGCCCUUUAUGACAUCAAUAGAGGAGUUAGCMCUAGUUGUUGCAUCAUGGGUAAUCAGGACAAAAUUUCUAAGAGGCGAUGGGGAAAGAGAURCGUUUUUMGCAAUAUUCCGUUUCUCAGUUAAACAUCCCAAACCAAACUCUUUCUGUAGAUUGAUAAUCGACUGUUCAAUGUUUUGUGGCWKUUUUUGAGCCGAUCGUGUAAUUCUUGCUGGGGCACGUUUUUUUUUCAAUGAAUCUUAUCGCAAAUCUACUGCCUCCGUCCUUCUAAUAAUCAUUGUUUAUAUGUGGCUCAUUUGGCUCAAGAACACCACAAUACAUGGAAUACAGGUUUCUCCCCCAACUAUAAAAGUUUGGUCCCACAAAUUUGCUGAAGAAUGGAAAUAUAGCGAAAAAAUUAUCUCUUUCCCCAUCGUCUCUUAGUUAACUUGUCCCGAUUACCCAUCAUUCAUCGACAACUGUAAGCUUCUCUAUUCUUAAUGAUUAUUGAAAAGAACAAUAUCAAUAAAUUCUAAUUAAAGGUUAUGGGUAUCAAACAUGGCGAAAAAGAGCGUUUUGUAUUUAUCCCAUUAUUACCUACACAUGUACGUUCUAAAGCAUAGAAAUCAUAGAAGAAAAUGGAUAUUUUUAUUUAACGUAAUGUGAACAUUUUCCCGACACGRCACCGUUAGUAAAAAWUAAUUAAAAGGUCUUCUUCAGUGCWUGCAAUAGCUGAAAUUGCAUACUACGAAAGUUAUUUCAAMUAUGUUUGUUGGAGAGAACGGCGACAGAGUAUCAACCCUGAAAACACGAUUUAGAGGGUUGGGAAUAAAUUACCCUACACAGUUUUCAUGGUUUUCUGUCUCAGUAAUCAAAUAGAGUAGUUACGUUCUGGGAUAAGUUUCUUCAGAGGUCAUUUUAAUGACCUCUAAUUUAAUGACCAUUAAAAUAUGGCACUUAAUUCGAGGCGCACUCCGGAGGAUAUCCCCAUUCACCAUUUGUUCCAUUUCAUAAAAAAAUGCCAUAAUAUCAUCCAAUGUUGUACAUAUUACAUUAACUACGUAUGAUUAUGAAAUAUUAGUCUCAGCUGGUCUAAGAUGUCACUUUUCGGUAUAGUUGAUUAAGAUGAUUAAGUWAUUUCAAUAAACUCUCCAAUUGCAUAUCAUCAUA